AUGGGGGCACUUCCACCCAAAGUAAAGGUUCUGGAGAUGUUCUCCGUCGCUCCUCCACCUCAGUCAGUCACCGAAGUGUCACUCCCUCUUACCUUCUUCGACCUACAAUGGCUAAGACACCCACCCCUCCAGAUCCUUUACUUCUUCCGGCUAACCCACUUCACAGAAACGCUGCUUCACAACAUCAAGCACUCCCUCUCUCUCACUCUCCAGCACUUCUAUGCUCUUGCUGGAAACCUCACUUGGCCACGAGAAUCUGAGAAGCCCGUCCUCCGUUUCAUUGACGAGGACUCUGUCUGCUUAACCUUAGCUGAGUGCUACAGCGAUUUCCAUCGUUUCUCUGCUAAGAACUACAUGUGGGACGUCAAUGAAUACCAGUCCCUCCUCCCUGACUUGCCAACCUCUGACACAUUAGCCUCUGCCAUGGCCCUACAAGUCACCGUCUUUCCAAACAGCGGCGUUUGCGUCGGAAUUACUGUCCACCAAGCGGUCGCCGACGGUAACACGAUAACUCUGUUCAUGAAGGAAUGGGCUUCGUCCUGUAGGCUUGGAGGAGGAGGUGACCACCCAUCGCCAAGGCUGUCCUACGACAGAACAAUUAUCAAGGAUUCUCAAGGAAUCGAGAGACUCCUCUUGACAAGGUUGCUGGAGUCGAACCUGUCCGAGCCCAAGUCUCAAAACCGAAGCUUGAAAUUAUCAGAGAACAGAGAUCUGUUCAACAUUGUCCAAGCCACGUUCGUGCUCAGCUCGAGCGAUGUUGAGCGGCUCAGAAAAUGGGUUGUUAGUGGACCAGAUGGGGAUAAAUACGCAAAGCAUACAACGCGGUACGCUUUGGCCUGCGCCUAUGUGUGGAUUUGCCUGGUUAAAGCAGAAGGCGCGAGCAGGAGGAAGGCUCACUUCGUAUUUUCUGCAGGUUGCAGGACUCGCUUAGACCCACCUGUUCCUAUGACUUACUUUGGUAAUUGCAUUCGAGCAAACCUCGUAACCAUGGACAUGAGUCAGUUACUGGGAGAAGAUGGGAUGGCUGUAGCAGUGGAAGCAAUCGAUAAGACUGUUAAGCAGCUGGAUAACGGAGUCCUGAGAGAUCUGGCGGAGACUGAUUCAGCAAUCACGGCUGCUGCAAGGUCCGAGAGACUAGUUUCAGUCUCCUGGUCGCCUAAGUUGAGCGUUUAUGACAUUGAUUUUGGGUGGGGAAAGCCCAGAAAGGUGGAGAUAGCGUCGGUAUGGAAGAGUGGAGCGUUCUCCAUGGUAGAGAGCAGAGAUGGAGAUGGUGGGGUGGAGGUUGGUCUGGCCCUUGGCAGAAAACAAAUGCAUGUUUUCGCUUCGCUCUUUGUUAGUGGUCUUGAGGCUACUGGAUAA